AAUAUUUCAUUGGCGUCAAUAAGAGGCAGCAGCCGGGACAGCGGCUGCGGCAGCACUCCAGCCAGCUCCAGUCACAGUUCGCCUGGGGAGUCAGGCUCCUGUCCCUGCCCACCACCAUGGACGUCUUCAAGAAGGGCUUCUCCAUCGCCAAGGAGGGUGUGGUGGGCGCCGUGGAGAAGACCAAGCAGGGGGUGACAGAGGCGGCUGAGAAGACCAAGGAGGGUGUCAUGUAUGUGGGAGCCAAGACCAAGGAGGGUGUCGUGCAGAGUGUGACCUCAGUGGCUGAGAAGACCAAGGAGCAGGCCAAUGCCGUGAGCGAGGCCGUGGUCUCCAGCGUCAACAUCGUGGCCAACAAGACCGUGGAGGAGGCGGAGAACAUCGCAGUCACCGCCGGAGUGGUGCGCAAGGAGGACCUGGAGCAACCUGCCCCCUCACCGGAGGGUGAGACAGCCAAAGUGGAAGAGGAAGUGGCCAAGGAGGCCAAGAGUGGGUGAGAUUAGAGGGCCACAAGUGAGCUGCGGAGGCCCUGAGGAACCCAUCCCCUUUGCCUUGGACACCAUCCCUUCCCAGCACAAGGAGUGCCUUGCCCUGGAGUGUGACCUGCGGGGCCACCCAUGGUCCCCACACCCUUGCCCGGCUGCCCACAGGCUGGUCCUCCCGUGCUGCCACGACCGCCUUCACUUCCCUCCUUUGCCGCCCCCUGCCUCCCGGUCCUUCUGACCCCACUGAUGCUGCUGUGAAUUUUUUUUUUAAUGAUUCCAAAUAAAACUCAAGU